AUGGCGCAAAUAACCAUCUCCGCAGUAGCUAUAGCGGCAGCGGCACUCAUACUAGUGCCGGUGUUCACUUUCACCAGAGGAUCAGUAGCAGCAGCAGGUGAUCCGAUCGGGAUGCCCAACUGCGUCACGUCCUGCGGCGACGUGGAGGUGCCGUAUCCGUUCGGCAUUGGCGCAAACACCAGCUGCUACCUGCCGGGGUUCAACCUCACCUGCGACAACAAUACCAGCUCAAGCCCACGGCUGCUGCUCGACGCCGACGGUACCCUCCAAGUGCUUCAGAUGGAAGAAGCCUUUUCUUUGGGCCUUUUAAAGGCCCAACACAGCGGUGGUGUGAAGAUCGACCUCGACGCCCAUGGCAACGGCAACGGCACGUUCAGCAGCUGGCUUGGGAAGGGCGGGCCAUACACGCUGACAAACAGGGUGAACGAGCUCAUCCUAAUAGGCUGCAACAUGCAGGCGACGGUGAAGAGGGGCAACAUCAGCGUGGCCAGUUGCACCUCCCUUUGUGACGGCUACCCAAUGUGGCGAAAUUUCGUGUUUUGA